UCUUUACUGUUUACCUGUGCUUUACCAAAGCAUGAUGAACGAGUGUUUAGUGAUUGAUGAGUUAUAAAUAAUUAUAAAAUAAAUAAUGUAAGAAAUUAUGAUAAUUUACUUUUUAAUUCGCUAGUUAAAGGUCAACAAACAUUAUUGUUAUGAUUUAGAAAAAUAUAAUGCUUUAUUCUGGAGAAAUGAUUUUUAAAUAAAGAGAAAACAGAGAUUACAAUUUAAUAUUUGAAUUAAUUAAAAGUGUGCCCAUUUGAUUGGAUGUUUUGAAAGUAAGCUCAUGUGAGAAGUGAAACAGAGGUUAGGAGCUCUGGGGAUAUUAAUUUCAUAACAUUGAAAUAAAAAUCAACUAAUCACAGCUGUUGCAGUUUGUUUAAAGAUUGCUAAUAGAUACUUACAUAUAUUAACAACUUUCACCUGAAGAAAAUUCUUUGCAUUCUGACAUAGAUCUGAUGACCUUGAGACUAUUAUGCAUUCAAAAAUGUUAGUAUUGAUAUGGAGAUUGAGGUGAACGAAAAGAAUAAUUUUGUAGUAAAAAUAGUUUGCAGUUUUUUCUGUAACUGUCAAGUUUUAAGAUACUAAUAAAAGUGUUGGAGGAGGAUUAGAGUUUCUUUUGAACGUUAUAUUAUAAAAAUAUAAAAAUGCUUAAAAUUGGAGCAAGAAUAAAGAAUGCAGUGAGAACGCUGACGUCGUCAUCAGGUCGAAAUGCCAGUCCAAAAUUGGCACCACUUCAAGAAGCUGCUUUAGAAGAGCGUUGUAUUUUGGUAGACGAGUUUGAUAAACCUAUCGGUGGUGCGUCCAAAAGAAAUUGUCAUAAAGUAAAUGCUGAUGGAGAUGUACUACUCCACAGAGCGUUUAGUGUAUUUUUAUUCAAUAAUUCUGGAGAUUUAUUGUUACAAAAACGAUCUGCGAAUAAGAUAACAUUUCCCAGCUAUUAUACAAAUACAUGCUGCAGUCAUCCACUUAUGGAAAUUCCUGGUGAAAAUGAAGAGACCGAUGCAAUUGGAGUACGCAGAGCAGCUCGUCGUCGCUUGUUUUAUGAACUAGGAAUUCCUACAAGUGAAAUAAACUUAAAUGAAUUCUACUAUUUAACGAGAAUUCAUUACCAUGCAUUAGGCGAUGGUACGUGGGGUGAACAUGAGAUUGACUAUGUCUUGUUUUUGCAAAAAAACAAAGUAACAUUAGAUCCAAAUCCCGACGAGGUCAGCGAAAUACGCUGGGUGUCUAAAUCAAAUAUCAAUAAUUUCCUCAACGAUUGUCACGCACCUCUUACUCCUUGGUUUCAGUUAAUUCUUACACACAGAUUACCUUUGUGGUGGGACAAUUUAAAUAGUCUGCACAAGGUACAGGAUCGUGAUACUAUUCAAAGAUUCACUUAGACUUUUUUAUUAAUUGUGCACAUCUUGUUUAACGACUGUAAAAACUAAAAGAAUAAGUAUUUUUUUAUAUAUUUAAAAGUCCAAAAAAAAAAAAUAGGGCAUUCUGUUGGAGUAUGGUGAUAUUAAUUAGGAUUAAAUAUUGAUUAAUUGACAACUGGUAGUUCAUAAAUUUUUAUUGUAAAAAAAAGAUCUUGAUUGAUUGAAUGAGUUGUGUUGCAUUUUAUAACCGAUAAGUGUAAUAAAAUGGUGAGGGAUUUAUUUUAGUAACAGUUAAAAUUAACAAUUUUGAGAAAUUUUUAAGCUAAUAUUUAUUUAUAAAUGUAUUAAUAAAAUUUCUCAAGUCUUUA